UAGUUUAAAAGCUAUGAUCAGAGAUGUCGUGAGCGUACAGUUGUGGGUGUGGUGUUGGGUUUUGUGUAUGUUUACGUUUUGCAGUAUCUUUACAUAGUUUUGAAGAAGAAUGUGGUUACAUACGCGGAAAAUAUCAGUACCUAAUGAACUUGAGUUAGUAACUGGUUUGUAACCUGAACCAGAUGAAUCUACUAUUCAUUAUCACAUCCUAUAUCUCCAACAAAUUUAUGAAGGCCGCUUUUUGAACUACUCGUAGAUACAGUUCUUGUAUACAACCAUGGCUGAAAAAGUAAACGCAUUUAAUAAAGAUAAAUACAAGAGUGAUAAUGUGAAAGCAGCCGAUCUCAUCGCACGGACCACAAGAUUAAAAAUGCAGCAAGACUAUCUUGAUAAGACACAGGCUAUUGCAAUGAAGAGGAUGAAAUGUUUAGAUCAUCAUGCUGCACAAGAUAUAUUAGCUAGUUAUAAAGAGAUGGAAUCCCAAAGAUUUCAUGAGUGUGAAAGACUUCAUCAUUCGGUGUUUUCAAUUUCACAUUCUUUGAAAAAACUGAGAGAUGAUGUGAGGAGUGAAGACAAACUUAGACAAUUAGAAAUAGAACAUUACCGAAAAAGUGUGUUGGAUCUUGAGAAGAAAAUAAGGAUAUUCAGUGAAGCUAAUAAUAAAAGAUUUCAGAAAUUAUUAGAAGAAGAACUUGCUUUAUCUAGUGACCUAGAGAACCUAGGAAAUAAAUGUGAUGAUUGGAACCAGAUUGUAGUAGACCCAUCUCUAUUAAAACCCCCAGUGAAAAGUGUUUCAAAGUCAUAUAUUUCAAACACUGUCAAUACCAGGGAGGAGGUUUUAACUUUUCAAAGAUUCCUCCGAGACACCGGAGGCCACACAGGCAAUUGGACUGAAGAAGACCAUCUUUUAUUUCUGCGUCUUCGCAAUAAACACAAAGGGAAAAUGACUUUUCUUAGUUUGUUGAAACAGCAUCUCCCUGGUAUCUCGACAGAUGAUAUACUGCUACAUGAAAACUGGUAUCAGCAGUAUGAAAAUUUAAAAGCCAAACAAAAGCAAGCCAUUCAAGAAUGGAAAGCAUUAAAAGAUAAAAGCAGCCAACAAAAUGGUACAAUUUCUGAAUCAGUAGAGUUGCGCCAAAGAAGUAAAUUAGAAAAUUGCAAGGAGUCGUCAGCAGAGAAGAAACAAAAAAUUGAAGCAUGGAAGAAACUGUUGCAGUUAAAGAAAGAGCUAGAAGAGAAAAAACAGUGGGAAGAUAAGCAGAAGAAACUAGAAUGUGAACAGAAAAGAAGAGAGAGGCAGGCUUUGAAGAAAUUUGAAGUUGAACGCUAUAGGCAAGAGAAAUUGAGUGAACAGCAGAGUAAGAUUUUAACUAAGCAGUUGAACGAGUUGCAUGAGUUAGAGGAACGUGCUGCCCAAGCAAAUGUUCUGCGUAAAACUUUCAGGGAGCAGGUUCAGUUAUUUAUUGCUCGUAAAGUAUCACAACGCGAGCACCAAACGCUGCAGGAAGAAGAGAGGAAGAAACAGCUUCAGACACAGAAGCAGAAAGUAAAUGUGGGCAGAGAUCCUGAACGUCUUUUGAGACAUACAGCCACUUGGCAUGAACGUUGCAAACAAGAGGAUAAAACGAGUACAGUAAACCGUACAGUUCCAGUCCUUCAUCUCAGAAACAUGCCUCAUUUACAAGUGCCUAGUUGGAGGAGAGGUCUCGUGUGAUACAGUAUACUUCAUUAUUUUGUACGUACAUUAAUAUGGUAUAAUGUGUAUGAACUAUGUGUCUUUGUACUGAAUUUUUUAUAUACAAAUUAAGAUGUGAAUAUUCUUAUAAGCAGUCUGUUUAUGGUGAUUUAUUUUGUCUUGUGUAAUUUAUAAAUUAUUUUCCAUUUAUUAAAUGGAGUAUUUCUCUUAUGUACAUGCUUUUUCAGAGGUUCAACAUGACACUCUACAUUG